ACACCGCUUACAUCUAGAGCGGCCCGGCCGGGAGCGGAACCGAGGGGCGCGCGAACGUGAGAGGAAAGCUGUGCGCGGCUGCGCUUUCCCACCCCUGAGACUUUCUAGACACGGGAAAAAUGCUUUCUGAAAGCAGUUCAUUUUUGAAAGGUAUGAUGCUGGGAAGCAUUUUCUGUACCUUGAUCACUAUGCUAGGACACAUUAGGAUUGGUUAUGGAAAUAGAAUGUACCACCAUAAGCAUCAUCACCUACAAGCUCCUAAUAAAGAAGAUAUCUUGAAAAUUUCAGAGAAUGAACGCAUGGAGCUCAGUAAGAGCUUUCGGGUAUACUGCAUCAUCCUUGUAAAACCCAAAGAUGUGAGUCUUUGGGCUGCAGUGAAGGAGACUUGGACCAAACACUGUGACAAAGCAGAGUUUUUCAGUUCUGAAAAAGUUAAAGUAUUUGAGUCAAUUAACAUGGAAACAAAUGACAUGUGGUUGAUGAUGAGAAAAGCUUACAAAUAUGCCUUUGAUAAAUACAGAGACCAUUACAACUGGUUCUUCCUUGCACGCCCCUCAACAUUUGCUAUUAUUGAAAACUUAAAGUAUUUUUUGUUAAGAAAGGAUCCAUCACAACCAUUCUAUCUAGGCCACACUGAAAAAUCUGGAGACCUUGAUUAUGUGCAGAUGGAAGGAGGAAUUGUCUUAAGUAUUGAAUCAAUGAAAAGACUUAACGGACUUCUCUCUGUCCCUGAAAAGUGUCCUGAACAGGGAGGGAUGAUUUGGAAGAUAUCUGAAGAUAAGCAACUAGCAGUCUGCCUGAAAUAUGCUGGAGUGUUUGCAGAAAAUGCAGAAGAUUCUGAAAGAAAAAAUGUAUUUAAUACCAAAUCUGUUGGGCUUUUAAUUAAGGAGACAAUGGCUGAUCAACCCAAACCUGUAGUAGAAGGAUGUUGUUCAGAUAUGGCCAUUACUUUUAAUGGACUGACUCCUAAUCAGAUGCAUGUGAUGAUGUACGGAGUAUACCGUCUUAGGCCAUUUGGGCAUAUUUUCAAUGAUACAUUGGUUUUCUUACCUCCAAAUGGUUCUGACAAUGACUGAGAAGUAAAACAAGAGCAUGUAUAUGAUCACUGUAUAGGACAUGUGUUGUCAUUAUUUGUGGUAACAACUACAUAUCCAACAAAGCAGUAUGUUUUGUUUUUGCUUUUUUCUCUUUUUCAGUUUGGUGACACUGGUUUAAUCACAGAUUAAAAUUUAGUAGUACAUUUUUAAAUAGAGUGGGAUUUUUCCUUAAAACAUGAAAAUUUCAAACAUGUUGGAAAGAUAUAAGAAUAAUUUUGCAAAUCAAGCAUAUAUUUAUAAACAUGUUUAUGUGAUAAACUAAAUUAUGAACAUUAAAAUCUGUGGCACAUAUUUUUGCUGAUUGGUUAAAAAAUGUAACAUGUCUUUUUAGCUUUCUAAGAUAUGCAAAUGGAUCUCUAGUUGUGAAUUUGUGAUUAAGGUAAAACUUUUAGCUGUGUUUCCAUUACUUUUAAUGUUGGUUUAUGUUCUAAGCCUCCGCAAGUGCCAAUGAUUUUGCUUUCUCAAAAUACACAGCCAACAAAGGAAAUGUUCCCAACCAAUGUAAUAGUGGAAGUUGAAAUCUAUCCUUGAGAGAAAAAGUGACAAUUAUAGAGUUUAAUAAUUUUCCUGGGAGCUAAUCUAGUGGCAUUCCUCAGCAUACACAAUUUCAAUGUAACUCUCUGUACUUCUCUAUGCAGAUACUGAAAUUGUAGUGACUAUGAAGAAUGUAAUGUCAUUUAACUGUGUUGUUCCCCAGUUAAUCAAGCUCAGCUGUGACUCGGAUAAAACUGCAUCAGUUGAGAUUUAUUUACUCUUGCUGGGCAAAUGAGUUUUGUAGAAGUCUCCUUUGAAAAACUUCUUUUGGCAAUCAGACAGUUUCACUUACCUGAGUUGAGUCUUUCCUAGUUUUGUUUACCUGUUCAAAUUCUGAAAAUUUUCCCUAUGUUCAUGGUUGUACCAUAUUCCAACUGGUUUUGGUGUGGAAGCCUUAACCUCACCAUUCACCUUGGAUUACUAUACCAUUUACCUAAUUUCAGUGCCUACGCAGAAGCUUUAUCCAGUGGUGAAUACAAUAGCUCCUGUGCUUAUAAAUGUGUGAAAUACUUGGAGCUGACUUGUCCUAUUAUUAGGCCUGCACAUGUCUUAUUAAGUCAGAUCCAUAAGGCCCCAUAGGGUUUGAGACCAUGAAAUUUUAGAGAUCAGUAUUUCCUGUAGCAGGGCUCAUGAUGUUAAUGGUCUCCCACAGCUUUUGCAAACCAGAAAGAAAUUUCCUCAAGAGGACCUUGGGCUUCAAAUUAUUGGUCAUCAGAGUAGUGUUUAAAACCCUUUUGUUUUAAUUUAUCUGAUUUUCCUCGUUGGGGCUUUUGGUUAAAAUGAAGGGUUAUUUUGAAAAUUAAUAAACCCCUUUAUCAAGCAACCUAAUAUGUGGUCUCAGAUGCAAUUACUACAAAUCAAAUGUUCACUGUGAGUCCAAAGAUAAACAGUAUCUCACUAACUGUAACACCCAGUUUAUAAGUGUCAUCUUGCCCCCAACACCAAUAUAUUAAAUUUCUACUAUAUCACAUUCGGUUACAUUAGUGUAUCGUGAUAUAGUUGUAAUAAAUAUAUCAGUGAAUGCAUUACAGUGUUUGAUUUCCUAAUGGGUGCAAACAUAACAAUUGCUUUUAAAUCAAAUUGAUACUCUUGAUUAUAUUUUUAUACAUAAGUAUUUCUUUAUAAGAAGUUGGUUGUCUUAAAUAACAUGUUGUUUCUUUGAACUUUUUUGUACCACAUCUUGUAGAUAAAAUCUGUAACAUAGAAAA